UGUGAUAGAUUUUAACACAUACAUACAUAUGUAGCGCGAGGUGUGCGAUAGCACGUUGGAAGUAACCUUUAGAAUAUCGAUUUAAGUAAUUAUGUAAUAAAUAAGAUUUAUGUGUAACUAAUUCUCAUUAUGCCUUGUAGAUAGCAGUUCUUUAACUAAAACAUGCUGGUGAUAAAGAGAUCCCAGCAGUUCUCUGGCUUAACCCGACUGCUUCGGUCAUCAAUAAAUUCUAGUCAGAAGCAGUGGAAGUUAUAUCCCAAUGAUUCUUGGAUUUGUGCAAGGCUGUAUAACUGUUCUGAUGUAAAUAGGAAGUUACAAUGUAAAAAACAAAAUAAGCAGCCUGGUCCUGCUAAAUCUGUAUUUACUGUAAAAAAUCUCUUAGUUCCUACUACGAUAGGAAAAGUUGAGUACAGAAAGUAUUUAAGUAUUGCUGCUACUAUUGUGAACAAAUCUCCAAAAAAAGUGCAACCAUAUAUAAAGCUUAUGCGGAUAGACAAACCAAUCGGUUCGUGGUUAUUAUAUUGGCCCUGUGGUUGGAGUAUAGCACUAGCUGCACCAGCGGGUGCUAUACCCGAUUUACAUUUACUGGCUCUCUUUGGCUUAGGUGCAUUUGUGAUGCGUGGUGCUGGAUGUACAAUAAAUGACAUGUGGGACAAGGACAUUGAUGGAAAGGUCGCAAGAACAAAAGACAGGCCUUUAGUCACUGGACAGGUAUCGCAGUUUCAAGCAUUGGUUUUUCUUGGGAGUCAGUUAACUGUAGGACUUCUUGUUCUAUUGCAACUCAAUUGGUACAGUAUUAUACUUGGAGCCAGUUCAUUAGGAUUAGUUAUAAUUUAUCCUCUUAUGAAGAGAGUAACGUAUUGGCCGCAAUUCAUAUUGGGAAUGACUUUUAAUUGGGGCGCACUCUUAGGCUGGUCUGCAGUACAUGGUACUUGUAACUGGUCAGUUUGUUUACCAUUAUAUGUAGCUGGUAUAUGCUGGACAAUCUUAUAUGAUACAAUAUAUGCCCAUCAGGACAAGGUAGACGACCUUUUACUCGGAAUUAAGUCAACUGCUUUAAAAUUUGGUGAUAAAACCAAACUGUACUUGUCUGGUUUUGGCGCGACUAUGAUAUCUAGUCUUGUAGGAGUCGGAUUAGCAGUAGAACAAACAUGGCCGUAUUAUGGAGCAGUAGGAAUUGUCGCCAGUCAUCUUGCCAAUCAAAUAUACACAUUAAAUGUUGACAAUCCUACUGACUGUGCCAACAAAUUUAUUUCAAAUCACAAAGUCGGUAUGAUAUUAUUUGCUGGUAUAGUUCUUGGAAAUUUAGCGAAGAAUUCGCUAGAGAAAGAUGAAAAAGAUGAGGGUAAUCAAUUAGUUAAGCAUAAACCUAAGAGAAAUGUUAGUAUAUUAGCAGAAACUAAUAGAAGUCAAAUAUCGUCAUUUAGUAGUAGUUAGGGCGGUGCCAUUUUAGAUUAAAAAAUUCUUCCUAAAUCCUAACAAUUUUAAAGUAUAUUUAUUUUAAUUCUACUUUCGCGAAAAUCGUUGGAGAUUGUUUACAUCUUUUGGGUGCCAUGUAUCCGUGCAUGCUUCUAGGACUCACUGGUAGUGAACCAAAGACUCGUAAGUGUCGUAUGUAUAUUGAAGUUCUAGGUACAAUGAUGAGGAGGAAUAUUCAAUUUGAUCUUCAUGUACAAUAAGCUAAUAAUAAAUAAAAGAGGAUUAUGACAAAUUCAA